AUGGCCUUGAACCCCUACAACCCUAUUAACAGCAUCGACUCCACUACAUAUGACUGGAGUUGUAGAGUGAGGGUGCAAUCAUUCUGGAAAGGACUAAACAGAGAGAGUCAGGAAUUUUGGGGACUGAAUAUGCUCCUCAUCGAUGAUUCGAAUUCCAGAAUCCAUGCUUUUGCGAAUUCCAAAUAUUGUGAAGACCUCAUAAAAGAAAUCAAGGAAGGGAAAAUUUACACAAUAUCUAAUUUCAAAGUGAAAGACUACCUUGGUGAUGAGAAAUUCAGAGCUGCUCGCAAUAAAAGGCAUAUAUUUUUCACUCCACAUACUCAAUUUAAGGAAUGCAACAGCUUAGGAUUGCAGAUUGAGAAUUAUGCUUUUGACCUAUUCCAUUUUGAUGAAAUAGAAAAACUUGCAGACGACAACAGAUUCCUCAUUGAUAUGGUUGGCAAGGUCAAAAAUAUUCAAGAUCUGAUUAAGACCAAAAAAAAUGAUGAGGAUAAAACUAUAUUCAAGUUUGAACUGUCAAAUGGAAGCUCCAGCCUCAAUGUCACACUUUUUGACUACUUUGGGGAGCAACUAGAAAACGAAUUUGCAAAAUUAGAAAGUCAAAAUCUGUAUGUCAUUAUAUGCUGUGCACGAGUUGGACGAUAUGAAGGUGUUCCGCAUCUUUCAAAUUACCCUGCAACUAGAGUGUUUAUCAACCCUAAACACUAUAGUAUUGAUGCGUUGAAAAGGAGUAUGUCUGAAAAAAAACCCGAGUCUGCUAUAGUUGAUGUCCCGACGGCAAAUGGUGAGGUGGAUUUGCCUAGGAAAAUAAUGACGGUCAAGGAGAUCAUAGGAAUGAAGGCAGAGUUUGGACAGGCGAAUGUUUUUUGUGAGGUGACGGUGAAAAGGAUAAUAGACAAAUCAGCUUGGUAUUUCAGGAAAUGCACAGGCUGUGAUUUAGAACUAGAGCAUGUCAAUGGAAAAUUCAAAUGCUCACGUACUAAUGGUUGUGGUAGAAUUAUUCCCUAUCCAGAUAAGAGAUUUCGGUUGUGCACUCUUUGCUCAGAUGACACAGGUUCAAUUGCAAUAAUCUUUCCUGAUCAAGCGAUAACUACAAACCUUGACAAAACUGUCAUCGAUCUGCAUGCAGAAUGUGCUGAUGAAACUGAGGAAGAUAAAUUCCCAGAAAUCCUAAAUUCACUCCUGAAACGGAAAUAUACCGUCAACCUUGCUAUCAGCGAAGAUAAUAUCAAAAAAGGCUCUACUGUUUAUCAGGCGUUAGAUGUCCUGCAGGCACAGGAAAAUGGCGACAGCUUUGAUCCAAACAAAACACCUCUACCUCAGUGCCAGGAUGUUUCUAUGGUGACUGUGUCUGAGACAGAUGUAACUGCUCAUCUAACUCCAAACACAGGAGAUUCAAGCACCAUCAAGAGCAGAGCAAGGAAAAUCAAUGAGGCAUUGGAUUUCAAUCCAACAGAUCCGUCACCAAUUCAGCCUUUGAAGAGUGUGAAAGUGGAAAAUACACCAAAAUGA